AUGCAAAUAUUUUUAUUUAUUCGAGUACCAGCUAGAGCAUAUAGAUACGUCAAUAAGAUUCUUCUAUCGGCAACAAACACGAACAUAUUACAAGUAGAGAUAUCCGAAAAUAUGAAGAAAGUUUCAAUCGUUUGUUUGGUUUUUAUUGGCUUUUUGGCUCUCAACUACAACAAUGUUAAAGCCGAUGAUGGGGACAGUUUUGAAGAAGAUCGUUCGGAAGCGCUCGAUUUUCUUCGACGAACCGUCUUCCACCCUACUUUAACCAAAUGUGAGGAACAAAAGCGUGAGGCUAAAGAGGAUUAUGAAGAGCGAUGUGAACCAAGCAACCCGAUCUAUCGUAAUAGAAACUCACAGCGUAACUGUCCUGAUUUGAAUACCUGGGAUGCUUUUAAGAACUACGAAAUCCGUGAUGGUCUCGCAACAUUCGGAGAUCUCAAACCAAAAGUGAAUUUGCCUAAAUUACCUAAACUACCAACAUCUGAUGAAGUUAGCAAGAAAAUCUAUGACAAAGUUACAGGAGCAAGAAAACAUUCAGCCAAUGCGAAUCGAUUCUUGAAACGAACACUAUUUCAUCCCGGUUCGACCAAAUGCGAAGAACAAAAACGGGAAGCACGAGAAGACUACGAGGAACGAUGUGAACCAUCCUUUCCACUCUAUCGCAACACCGGUACGCAUCGAUUCUGUCCAGAUAUCAAUAGUUGGAGUGAAUUUGAAAACUAUGAAAUUGGUAAUGGAUAUGAUGGACGAGAUCCAACUAGUGCCACUCCUUACAUUGAUCGUAAUCGAUAUAAUACUGUCAAUCGUGAUGGGGAUCGACGCAAUCGUCCACCACCCAUUGUUCCUGAUCGUAAUAAUGAUUACGAAAAUUAG